AUGGUUGUUGAAGGAGCACACACGAGUGGUGGUCGGGCCGGAAGGCCGUGGUGUGCACGUUGGAGGAUCGUUGGUGAGGCCGUGGCCGUGGUCGGUGGAGCAACAAGCCCGUAUGGUGUCGUGGCUGGUGGAACCGCCGCAUGGCCGAGGCGUUGCAUGCCUGGGCGAGGUAGGUUAGGGUGUCCGGUUGAGGUGUUGUUACGUGUUAGGGCCGCCGGCGUGGCCGAGGGCGUGGGCUUAGUUAGGCUACGAGAGACGACUAAAGGUUGUAAGGUGUGCUUGUGUGUGGAGGAGUUAUGGGCAUGGUAG